AUGGAUAUAAGUUCUUCUUACAAUCAUAACACGGAGUAUCCCUUCUCCGUGGCCUACGAUUACGGGUACUACCGCCAUAAGUUAAUAGAAAGUAACCUAAAGCGGCACUACGGAAGCCAACCCCCAGGUAAUGUCGUCCUAAAUUCCCUUCACCUCAGUUCCAUCGACUCCGCAACAGGCCUUAGGCUCAGCGAAAAAUACAACCACAGUAUCUUCGAGCUAGCUCCCAAUUCCGACCAUAAUCAGGAGCGCGACCAGCUGAUCACCCUCAUCCACCCUCGGGACCAUUUUUUGAGAAAGGGCAGUCGAAGGUACGAGUCUGCCGACAAGUCUACGGAGACUUUGUUUAUUAGCAAUGUUGAUAAUCACAAUUUUAAGGAAGAAGAAAGCGAGUUUCCUGUCAAGGAAAAAAUAGCUUCUUUACCACGAAGAAAAACUAGGAUUAAAAAAGACAAAUCUUCUAGUAAUAAUGUUAAAGUAUUUAAGGUAAAAAUUGACUCUUUUGAUAAUUCUCGGCCGGUAAGUCCUUUUAAGAACAGAGAAAUUUACGAAAUUCCGGAAGUUAAAACCGAAAUUACGGAAAAGGAGGCAGAAAUUUAUAAUACAAAUUUAGAGUCUAAAUUUUUGGAUAACAAAGAAGAAAUUUGUAAAAAUGAAAUUAUUAAAUCAAGACCUGGAAGCCCGGUUAAGAAAAUAAAGGAAAGAAAAUCGAAGAUCAAAAUGAAUUUGAAGGUUAAAGAGAAAUUGAGUGAGGUUAGGGAUAAAAAGUACGAUUCAUUAAUAAUUGAUGAUAAAAAUAAAGAAGGAGAAAAUUUGAAGCCGGAAGAAGAAAUAGAAGUUAAUAAAAAAAUAAGUUCUGCGACUGUUGAGUUGAAUUCGCCGAAAAAUAAUUUUAUAGAGAAAAAUGUUGAUAAAAAUAUUUCAAGUGAAAAAUUAUGCGGAGAAAGUGAAAAUUUGGAUUGUAAAUUUAAAGAAGAAAUAAAAGCCGAGGCGGAAAAAUGUUUGGCGGAAAUGAGCGACGUGGUUUCAAAAAGUUACGGGAGUUCUAGAGGAGAAACUUUAAGGGUUGAAAAGCAAUCGCGACCCAACACUUCCAGCGGAGUACUUUCGAGAGCUUUCAAGCAUUUGUCGCCGAAGGUAAACUCCAGACCGCGAUCUUCUGGAGGCGGGUUCGCGUGGGAAGUUCCUGAUAUCUCGGGGAAAGUUUGGUCGGAUAAUAAUAGUGAGGAGAAAAUAAACAGAAGCAAGGAUGAAAGUAAGAAACCAGGGACUCCCACGGGGUUGAAAAGACCCAGGUCGGCGAACCCCCAGUUCUUUAGGAAGAAAUCGGACCCGGUUUUACCCGUAUUAGAGAGCAUUAUUGAUCUGACUUAUGAUGUUCCUCUGGAUUUGCUGGAUGAAGAGUGUUUAGUUGGGGGGAAAGAAGACCAAAAUCGGCCAUUGGAACUCAAGCACCCGGGCUUUGAUGAAAAUCAAUCGGAUUCUGGCAGUGGGUCGAGGGAUAAGAGGGGGAAGAGCAAGGUUAAAGGAGGGAAGAAAGGGAAGAGUGAGAAGAUUUGUCAAGGUCCUCAAGAUAGUUUACUUCAAAAGAAACCUUUUUUGAGGUCCAGGUCUGGGAGGUACUCUGUGUUGAAAGUUACUAAAUUUAAGAAUAAAAAGUAG